AUCUACUAAGCAUAUGGUGGGUUUUGGAAAGUAGAAACUUCCCAAAGACACCACCAGGUGGCUCAAUGCUGUAAUGUAACCAACCAAUGCACAUCAAUUGGCUGUGUGACGCCUGUAGAUUAACAUCUAAACUUGUCCUAACAGGUUUUCGUGACUUCAUGGGAUUUAUUUGCGGUUGUAGUCCUAAUGAAACGAUUUGCAGGCGUCGAUAUGAGCGACAGAUAUGGAAUCUCUGCAAGGGGCAACUGUGCUAGGCAGGUGGUCCAACCUCAGUUCUCGAACCGGACCCUCAACCAUCCCUCCUUAAUGCCCCUGUACAUGGCAGCAAUGGGGCCGGCACACUUCCCUUGGAGACCUCACCAGCAGCCAGUGAACCAAUAAGGCCUAUGUUUAUCAACGUAUUUCCACCAUUCAGUUCCAGUUCUGACGCCCUCUGAGUUCUUCUACACGGACCCGACCGCUCGCCCUGGAAGACGGGUGCCCAACAUCGUGACUGAGUUGCAGGUUUGUGAGCACUUCCAGCUGAACACCCCUCGCCCAAUCAUGUCCUCCCGCCCCGCAUCCCCGGUUCGACCGGACCCCUUCAGAACGCAGACCCACCCUGUCAGAGACCUGGGUAGUAAUUCCUGGUCCAGCGACCACCUCCACCGGCCCUUCACCCCCAGGCCAACAUCCCUUGCAGCCAGACCCCGAGAGAGGGGACAGAGUCGGGCUGUUAUUCAGUUAACCCUGGAGGAGGACCAGGCUAUAACCAACCUACUGUUUUUCAACCAUCACUCAACCUGUCCAGAGGACCCCCAAGCCAGUACUUCUACCCAGCAGGUGGACCCGUCCGAAGAGGCUUCUUCAGUGGGUUACUGCUCAUUUCUAAACCAGACAUCGAUUCAGUCCAUUCCCACCGCUAGCCUGUUUACAGCUGACAAGUUGGGGCCCACUGCUUACCUGUCUCCAACUGAAGAGAUGGAACUCACCGGUAACCUGUCUCCGCCUGAGGAGAUGGGGCUCGCCGCUAACCUGUCUCCGCCUGAGGAGAUGGGGCUCGCCGCUAACCUGUCUCCGCCUGAGGAGAUGGGGCUCGCCGCUAACCUGUCUCCGGCUGAGGAGAUGGGGCUCGCCGCUAACCUGUCUCCGGCUGAGGAGAUGGGGCUCGCCGCUAACCUGUCUUCGGCUGAGGAGAUGGGGCUCGCCGCUAACCUGUCUCCGGCUGAGGAGAUGGGGCUCGCCGCUAACCUGUCUCCGGCUGAGGAGAUGGGGCUCGCCGCUAACCUGUCUCCGGCUGAGGAGAUGGGGCUCGCCGCUAACCUGUCUCCGGCUGAGGAGAUGGGGCUCGCCGCUAACCUGUCUCCGACUGAGGAGAUGGGGCUCGCCGCUAACCUGUCUCCGGCUGAGGAGAUGGGGCUCGCCGCUAACCUGUCUCCGGCUGAGGAGAUGGGGCUCGCCGCUAACCUGUCUCCGGCUGAGGAGAUGGGGCUCGCCGCUAACCUGUCUCCGGCUGAGGAGAUGGGGCUCGCCGCUAACCUGUCUCCGGCUGAGGAGAUGGGGCUCGCCGCUAACCUGUCUCCGGCUGAGGAGAUGGGGCUCGCCGCUAACCUGUCUCCGCCUGAGGAGAUGGGGCUCGCCGCUAACCUGUCUCCGCCUGAGGAGAUGGGGCUCGCCGCUAACCUGUCUCCGCCUGAGGAGAUGGGGCUCUUUCACAGAGAGGAUCAGGUUGUUGUAUCUUCCAUCUUGGAAGCUCAACAUCAGAACCAGCCCUGUGACAGAUCUGAAGUGGAGCUGGAGGCAGCGAAAGCAUUGCUCACUAUGGAUCAGGAGUUGGUCAGUCUGCUGGCAGAUGAAGCCCAUACCCUGGACAGGCCCACUUACCUAAGUCCAGACAAUCUCCAGUACUGCUACUCAGAAGAGUGUGAGUCUUACUCACUGCCAUUAGAAAACUAUAAAACAUGCCCAUCACUCAAAUCUUUGACUUCAUUUACCCACAGCAACUGUGAAACCUCUCAUGGAACUCUGCACCAGGAAAAGGUCGGAGGAUUUUCAGAACCUCCACAUUCAUGUGACGAGGUAUGGUCUGUCCAGACAGGGGAUCCCCAGGAGAGGGUGAUGGAUAGCAGUGUUUGGGAUGAGGUGUCCGUGAGAGACCGGAUCGUCUCAGAGUCUGAGGGGGUGGCUGUGGAUGCAUUGCUGGGACUUUGUGACCUCUCUGCUGCGGCUGUGCCUCACACACGAUGAGGUCCCUAUUUUAGUUAGAUCUACCUUUUAAAGGAUGUUCACCCUUUGAUUUCUGUCAAGCUUUACACCACUCAGGUUUUGAGAUUUUAAAAGUGAGAUUUUUAGAAGUUAAAAGGGAAAGCCAAAGUUUUGUGUACUGUUUAAUGUUCUUACUUGUGCAAUAAUUAAAAGUUAAGGUGUUCAAA